AAAUUAAUUUAUGAAUAUGAAUCGCCAAUAUAUAUUCGUUAUUGCAUUUUUCUUUUCCCUUUUUCUCGUUACUUCUUCUACUUAUUUAGAAGUAAAACAAGUAGUACCCACAACAUUUACCGUCAAUAAAGUUAAUUCAUCUAAAAUUGUUGUAGGAAUUUCAUGGGAUGGAACUAAUGAAGCAGACGAUGAAUAUGUCUUAGCUAGACUUAAGUGUUUUGGCGAUGCUGUGACUGUCUUAAACUCACCUCAGGACCAUGUAUUUGGUGAACGUAAUACUACCUACGAAUUAGCCGUACACAAAAGUAAUGCUUUGGUGAGGUGUAGAACGGGAGUUAAGGACAUUGAGAGAUGGUUAACUUUCUUUUAUUUCCAAACUUGAUCUUUACAUUUACUUUUAUAUAAUAGUGAAUUCUUUAAUUAACAAUGGCAUUAAAUAUUUUUAUUUACACUUUUUAC